AUGAAGUUGACGACCGAAUGGCAUCAGUCACGGAUCCUCCACGUGGUAGAGGUGCAACAGAGUCGGUUGUGGCGAAAGCAGCUUCCAGCAGCGUGUUCGGGAGACGCGGGAGGUGGCCUCCAUCUCCUCGAUGAGGCCUCUACCGGCUGUGCACGUGCAAGGGGAUGGAAUCUGCGGUCGAGAAUCGAGGAAUCUCUCCAGGAACGUGCGAAGAGGAGUACAUCCGCAAACGCAAAAGCUCUAGAAGAUAACUCAACAGAAGUAGAUGCUGUUCUUGAUGAGCUGAUCUCUUCAGAAGAUCUGAACCAGAACUCCAAGUCGGGGAAAAGCCAUAAACAUCGCCAUCAGCACCACGGGAAACGCCAACGCGGUCACAGUAAUGAGGAUGAAGACAAACCUCUAGGCAUUCAAGACAUAAGCUUCCAGGAUGUAUGCAAAGGCAUCGAGCGUUGGGAGAAGAUAAAUAGGACGUUUGACCUCGACGGUCGACCAGUAGAGAUCGUUCAAAGAUCCGACUUUGAACAGAGGAUCUUCUAUCACGAAUGCUCCAAACCUGACACGCCCUGCGUAGGGAUCAUGCCGCGUUUCGAGUCCCGAUGCGAACAGGACUACGGGUGGAUGACACUCCUGCACCACAAACUUGACAUCGAAUUCAUCAAUCGCCCGCCUCAAUGGGGAGUCGUGGCAGUCCCCCUCUCGUGCUCCUGCAAGAUAUUGCCGAAACUCCCGAGUCUGAAGCAGUCGGGAGAAUGAUAACCGAUCCACAUGACGGUCAGGUCCCGCCGAAGAAGGGAAAAAAGGCUAUGCAGGACAGCGUUCGCUGAGCCUCAUCGUUGGACAUCGACUCUGGUGCUUGAGCGGCUCGACGAGUCGAACCUUGAGAUGACGAACCUUAUGAUGUUUUGAUGGAGGAAUAUUGAAGCAUUUCAAAGCUGAUGUUUCGUG